CAGAUGUAUGGCUGAUGAAUUUACAUGCUGGGUGGCCGUCGUUGGCCUCCCAAGUUUCAGUUCAAAGGAGAAUAUUGGUCCAGGAAAAUCAUGUCUUUGCAACCGAUUUAUGAGAUCAAAGGAAGAUGAAUAUUCAGAUUACCAUCCUUCUGGUGUCUCUAAUCAGGACUUCUGUGGUCAGAUAAUAAAUAAUGAAAACUUCUUAUACUGGGGGUAUACUAAAAGGACAUUUGAUAACUGUAAUUGGGGAUUAAGAAUCAUAGAACACACCCAAUUUUAUGAUGACAGUAAUUUCAAAGCUUUUGGUGGGAGUGAAACCUAUCUGAAACGAGCGUUGAACCCAAAGAUCAAUACUCAUGGCCCUAAGUAUCAGUAUAUUGAUUAUGAUCAGCUGGCAUUUGGUGAUAAAGAUUCCCGCUCUGAGAAAUUUCCUUGUGAAAAAGCAGAGAAGGUUGUGAUUGAUGCGUAUAUUUAUGUGUUUGAUGUUUCUAGGGAAGAUGUUCAUUUUGUUGAACAGUACAAUAUGUUCGAGUCAUUCGUCAAAGGGGUCAAAAAGCCCUUAGUUCUGGUUCUUUCAAAAUAUGAUGAAAUGCAAUGUAAACAUAUUGAUGCAAUAAAGAAUCUGACCAUACGAAAUAAGGCUCCUGUGGUUGAGAUUUCUUCUCAUGACAACAUAAACAUCAACCUUGUUUUCCAUCUUGCAGCAAAGUUAGCCAAACAGGGAAAUAAAAGUACUUUAAAGAACUUUGUCACACCAUCAUAUGAAGAAUCCUUUAAAAUCCUGAAAGAAAAGCGCACUGAAGUAUCAAGAAUGUUUAAUACUCUUACUGAAAAGUCAGUCAUUGACAAGAAUGUGACAUGGUUUGAAUUCAUGCAAUUCUGCAAGGAAAACAAGCAUUUUCAGAAUUAUUGUGAGUUGUAUGGAACAAAGAAGGCUAAGUCCAUUUUAGACCGACACAUAAGAAAUUUGACAAUCAAGCUCAAUGAAAAACGAAAAAAUCUUUAUCUUAAAGAUCUGAAGACCGUUUUUGGUCAUUUCAUUGGUAGUUUGAACCUUGCCGAUCAUAAAGUUGCCAUUCAGUUUAUCAGAAACCAUCCUGACUUUAAUGAGUAUUUUGUUGCUCUAUCAGAUGAGAAAUCUUGGAAAGAUAUGGGAGUGCAACAUUCCCCAGAAACGAACAGAAUUCUUAUACCACUUGAUUUACUCCAUGAGCAGGAAGCAAUCAUUUGCUUUGAUCACAGAAUCGCCAAGUUGCAAGAGGAGCAGGAUGAAAUAGAUCUGGCUGACGAAUUUGAGCGGUCUCUCACACAAGCUAACAACAUUCUUCCUGGCCUGAGUUUAGAUGAUGUACUUAACUGUGUUGAUGAAAAGUUUUCCAAGUUGAACAGAGCGAAAAGUAAGAGUAUUUACAACGAUCACCAGCUUGUCAUCGCUAAACAGUACGAGAAAGAGUUAGAGGAAAUGUUGUUGGAGAACACUGACCUGUUUAGAAUGCAACUUCCUGGGGGUGACCUUAAGCCAGACGCUUUACAAUCUUUAACUAAUGGCCUUAAAGAAGAUGUGAGGUGGACCAACUUUUGUCACAUGGAGAGCAAGAGGGACUGUCUUCUUCUCCAGCACCUUGCUGUAAUUGUCAAGGGAACCAGAAACCAAAUGGAGCUGUCUAGUGUUGAGAAGCGGUACAAGUCUGUUAUUGUCGAGAAAACUAUGGCGAGAAAGGAACUGGGUUACUCGAAUACACUGAACGUUGGGGACGAGGAAGUGGCAGUAAUCGUUAUGUCCGGCUGCACCGACACCGCUCAGAGAUGGGCUGAUAAAAUAUCCCAGGAGUGUUCCGAGGUGACGGUUGAUGACGUGUCCUACACUGUAGCGGUCACUGCUCGAGACCCCGACAAUGUCGAGAUCUUCCCCGAUUUUCCUAUUCAUUUGAUAAUUGGUGUUUACCGAACAGAUGACUGGGACUCAUUUAGAACAAUAACCCGAUCUUUUGACCGAAUACAGAAGAGUUACAGAGGGUUACCGUGUCAGAUAGUUUACAUACCUUCAGAUAACCAGACUGUUACAGAGGAGGAGGGGUCCCGCUUUGCUCACAGGUUGAACUGUGAGCUGAUAUCUGAAGACACGCUUCAGGAGACUAUCAGUUCAGUUCUAACUAGCAACAUUGCUCUGAUACAGACAAGAUCUGAGUUUAUAGAGACUCCUUCCAGCGCUAACAAAACUGUUUUAAACUUAACAAUAAGAAUGUUGUAUGACGACGACACAAGCCUGAAGGAGCUAACAAACUCCCUGUUUAAGUUCCAGUACUGUUUCGUGCACCCCUACGAGCCGGGAGUGUUCGUUCUUCACACCUUAUUGAAUGGAGUUCCAGUCUUUGUUAUGGUUCACCUGCUCCAUUAUCUUGAUAAAGAGUCCUACACAGAGCAUGGCUGCGUGCUAGUCUGCAAGGAUUCCCGGCGAGCCUCCCUAGAAAAUGCCAGGUACUACAUGACGGAGAACAACGUAUCCCGUAGUCUGGGUCUAGUAGUGGUCCAGACCCCCAACUCUCUGUCUUACACGUCUGCCAUCACCCAGACAGCCAUCGACCUUGGAAUUCAGUACACAAUGUUGGAACAAGAGCAAGCGAACAGGAGGGUCUCAAUAGGACAACAUACCACAGCAGUAGAUAUGUUGUUACUCCACGUGUUGCAGCACAGUGUCCAGUUUGUUGGGGACACCCCCCUAGAUCUCAGCUUGGAGGUGGAUACUAGCGAAGACGAGGGCAGCUUCAACGACCUGUCAAUAAAAGGAGGAAUGCAGCGACACAGGUCCCACACCUUGGACAGACUCGGCUUUGCCUCGCCUCCUCCACAUGGCCCGUACGGCAGACAUCAUCGCAGUUUGCCGGAGAAGUUCAAGAGUUUGAGUGUUAGUUGGAACGAACUACGAGAUGACGGUAUUGCCAACCACUCCUGGAGUUCCAUGCCCAGAAACAUGAAAGAGAAAGUAAGCCUAGAUAAGACGCCUCCGAUCUACUCUAUAGUAAACAAGAACAGACAACGAGCUUCCUCUUCAUUUGAUAACCUAGAAUCCGGACCCAAGUCUCCUCCAAUUCCACCUCGCCCCGACAGGAAUUUCAGUGAGACCAGCAGUGAGGGACCUGAUGAUAAUCAGAACAAGACAGGUGGUUUGGUCACCCAUUCACUGUCUGAUUCUCCGUUCAAGCCUAAGAGGAUUCCUAAGGCUUUCAAACAAUCGAAGAAACUUACUGAAGAAGAGGUUGAACAGAAGAAGUUGGAGAAGAAGAAACGGGAAGAGAACAAGAUUAAGAAACGGGAAGAUAAGGAAGAAAGGAAGAGAAAAGCUAGGGAACAAAAGCAGCUGGAGAAGAACAAGAAAAUGCUGGCAAGCUGGGAUCCCAAACGAGACAUCUCCAACACAAAGUCCUUCAAACAGCAGCCCUCGAUAGCUGACUACCACAAAGUGGUUGAAAGUUGUUACUUUGGGCGGAGCUUGGAGGAGAUAGCACCUUGGGGAGGGGUACCUUAUUAUGCUUCCUUGUGUGUGGAGUAUUUGGAGUGUCAUGAUUUGACGAUAGAGGGGUUGUAUAGAAAAGAGGGAAACAAGCUUCAGAUUAACCAGCUUGAAGCUACUUUUGAGAUGGCGUUCAGCGGUGAAGAAGAAAGCCUGUCCGGGUUCAACCUAGUCGAGUUAGAUGUCAGUGUCCACGUGGUCGCCAGUUCCAUUAAGAAGUUUUUGAAGCGGCUCCCAACUCCUGUGAUACCCCACGAGUUUCAUGAUCUGCUCCUGGCCGCCGUCGCUAAACCUUCAACAGAGGUAGGAAAUCUAGAAGCAACUGCAAAUGCUGAUCACGUGGUUCGGAGUCUGGUAAAGGUUCAGGAGAUUCUGAAUACUUUUGUUAAACAGAGAAAGCUCACCCUGGCGUACAUUAUCAGACAUCUUUCAAGGAUAGCAGAGUUAAAAGACCAGAACAAGAUGUCAGCCUUCAACCUGGCUAUCAUCUUCUGGCCCACUCUUCUCCAGCCCACCCAAGACGUACUGAUGAAGAACGACGACAGAACCAAAUUCAGUAACAUGGUUGAAUUCCUGAUAGAUAACUCUGACUCUCUGUUUGGUCCAGAAUUACCAAGCUGCCCGCCUCCUGAUGAAGAGGAUAUUUACGACAUGGUAUUCCACCCUGAACUUGUGUCCCACUUGCAGAAACAGAAGACACAGGAAGAGUACGAGUACAUAAAGCGUCCUAAAACCUACUUCAACCAAGCGCUGCGUGUGGGACAUGUGCCCAGUCUGGUGAAACAGAUCGUCACUUUCAUUGAACAUGGACGGAUUACUACAAGUCUUUACGUGCACACAGCUCGGUCUGACCUGGUGGACAACUUCGUUAAGACAUACGAAGCAGCUUACGCGGUAGACGAACAUCGCUCGCUUAAUCUGAGGAAAGUUCUGAAAAAUCUGACGAUAACUCGGUCCCCGACUGAUGACAGUAUCAGCGCCAGUACUACCACUGAUGAGAACUCUGUCUCUUCCACAUCAGGAGACCUGUCGGACAGCAGAUUCGGAGUGUUUGAAGAGCAGACUAUGGAUUGUACCAUAUUAGCUACUGUGCUCAAGAGAUACCUCGCAAGUUUGAUAAUUCCUAUGAUUCCCGCGGAGCAUCAUGUUAAUUUCCUGGAAAUUGCGACAGUCGGUGAAGAAAGUCGAGGCGCAAAGAUACGAGACUGCUUUGACGAGUUGAAGACAAGUCACAAAAUCUUGCUGUCCUACCUGAUGAAACAUCUUAGCUUGAUGCGAGACAAAGGAGUUGGCCAGCUUGAGGAGACAUUUGCUCCAAUACUAUUCUACGGUAACACGGAUCUCUGCUCCACUAACCUGACGGACCUGACAGAGCCCACAAGUCCUGUUCCAAUCACGUACAGUCCCAACAUGGUCCAACAACAGCGGUGUAUUAGAUACCUCCUGGAGAAUGUUCAUGUUUAUGCGCUCAAAGAUGGAAUUUCUUUGUAUGCACCCCUUUAUGAGACUAUGGAACAGGAUAUGAACUCACCAUCAAGUCACCAAUACAGCAGUGUCCACUACAGCUUGCCAGUCCUCCCAGAGGAAACACGGCACUACGACCUCCCCUCCGACGUGCCCCACUACAUCGACCCUCUCUACUCCUCCAUCUCCAACACCUACACUCGAGAUCCAGCCCUCAGGUCACCCAUCACCGGCCCUCAAUACGCAGACCCGGACGACUUGUCCGAGUUGUACGAGGAGGAUCCCACAAUAUCCCCCAACACUAAUACGUAUGUGGACGCUGUGCCACUGGUCAUCAGAGCCAACAAUUCGGAUGUUCUGCCAAACAGAUAACGAUUGGUAAUCCCACUUAACCACGGGGUGUACUCUGUAAUCCCGCCUCUUUCCGGUGGAGGAGGAGUUACCCGUGUUAUUUUGAAAUUGGAGCUACAAUUUGAAGCGUUGUAUUCGUGUAUAUUGUACAUUGUAUGUAGAAGUAGUGGGAUGCAUGGACUAAGGAGCCGAUAUUCCAUUAUAUUGCAUGUGACAAGGAAGAGCGACUGUUAAAACCAUUAUACGAUAAACUCCUGUUCAAGUGAUGGAUAUUUUUACUACGGCUUUAAACUCGAAUUUUGUUUUUAGGAUAUAAUUAAUAAGUUAUUAUAACCUUACUUUCGAAGAGAUUCAGUAGGUUACAGAAAAUUGAGUGUUCUCUCCUCACGCUAUCCGGUUCACAAGCAAACUGCUGCAGAAAUUCAUUUCAUUCAGACAAUUUGUUAUGUACUUCUGAAUCAUAGUGCUAUUUUUUUAACUGAGUUAUAAGAAGGCUCCUUUGCCUCUUUUUAAAAACAUUUUUGUUGGCUCACAUUAUUUUUAACUUAACGUUAAAGAAAUUUUGUGAUCAGUAUACCUCACAAAUUCAAUUCAUUGGCCCAAGGGUUGUUUUGAUUUUGAAAUGAAAAUUUUGAAGGUUGUUAAUUCAAAAUACAUUUUUGUUUUUUAUGCCUGUGGUAUAAAAUUAUCUAUAAAUACGAUAUGAUAUAUUAUUCAAUGUUCUGUCUUUUUAAUAAUACAAGCAGAUUUUUGUUUGCAAUAUUUGUUGAAA